GUUCACUGCCCUUUACUUUAUAUCCAAUCAAUUCCCAGUGCUUUUUCUUGUUAUAUAUCUGCAAAAGUAUUUUACUUACGAGGAAAGAAAAAAGGAGCUGAUUAAGCCAUCUCCUUUCUUCUUUCUACUUUUCAGUCAUGUCAAGAGUUUCUUUAGCCAUUCAUAUUUUUAUGUUGAUCUUUUUGCCUGUGUUACAAGUUUCCUGCUUUGAUGUUAAUGUUAUUUACCCAGAUGAACAAAAUAAUGUUACACAGUCCAUGAUUUCUCAGAUUUGUGCUGAUAUCGAAGAUCGAAAUUCAUGCAUUUCAAACAUACAACUUGAGAUGGGAAGAAGUGUGAACUCGAAUCCAAAUUCUGUCUUGAGUGCUGCAAUUAGAGCAACUAUUAAUGAAGCUAGACGAGCCAUAGAGUCUAUAACAAAGUUCAGCACAUUCUCGUUUAGCUACCGUGAAGAAAUGGCAAUUGAGGACUGCAAGGAGCUUCUUGAUUUCUCUGUGGCAGAGCUGGCAUGGUCAUUAGCUGAGAUGAAAAGGAUUCGUGCAGGCAAAAACGAAGCUCCCGACGAAGGGAAUCUAAAAGCAUGGCUAAGCGCCGCUCUCAGCAACCAAGACACAUGCCUUGAAGGCUUUGAAGGCACAGACAGGCACAUUGUAGGUUUCAUUAGAGGUAGUUUGAAGCAAGUUACACUGCUCAUUAGCAAUGUCUUGGCAUUGUACACUCAAUUACACAGCUUACCAUUUCAACCCCCACGGAAUGAAACGAUGGAGAAAACUAAAAGUUCGGAGUUUCCAGAUUGGAUGAUGGAUAGCGAGCACAAGAUUGUGAAAUCUCAUCCACGUAACGUCCACGUUGAUGCAAUCGUGGCUUUGGAUGGAAGCGGAGAUUUCCGUUCUAUCACAGAAGCUGUAAAUGAAGCUCCAAGUUAUAGCAAUAGAAGGUACAUCAUAUAUGUGAAGAAGGGAGUCUACAAAGAAAAUAUCGACAUGAAGCGAAAGAAAACGAACAUAAUGUUUAUUGGAGAUGGUAUCGGAGAAACAAUAGUGACCGGAAGUCGUAAUUUUCUGCAGGGAUGGACUACUUUCAGAACUGCAACUGUUGCUGUCUCUGGGAAGGGAUUCAUAGCAAGAGAUAUGACAUUUCGCAACACGGCUGGACCAGAAAACCAUCAGGCAGUGGCACUCCGUGUCGACUCUGAUCAGUCAGCCUUCUUCCGGUGCAGCUUCGAAGGUCAUCAAGACACCCUUUACGUCCACUCCCUCCGCCAAUUUUACAGGGAAUGCAACAUAUACGGCACCAUAGACUACAUUUUCGGCAACGGGGCAGCAGUAUUCCAAAAAUGCAACAUCUACACCAGAGUUCCUCUCCCACUCCAGAAGGUCACAAUCACCGCACAAGGUCGAAAAUCUCCACACCAGAGUACAGGUUUUUCAAUCCAAGACAGCUUUAUUUAUGCAACUCAACCAACAUAUCUUGGAAGACCAUGGAAGCUAUAUUCAAGGACUGUCUUCUUGAACACUUACAUGAGUGGUUUGGUACAACCUAGAGGAUGGCUUGAGUGGUAUGGCAAUUUUGCUUUAGGCACAUUGUGGUAUGGAGAGUAUAAAAACUAUGGACCUGGUGCAUCCCUAUCAGGUCGAGUCAAAUGGCCUGGGUACCAUAAUAUUCAAGACCCUACCAUGGCUAGAUUCUUCACCUCCGAGCACUUCAUCGACGGUCGAACAUGGUUGCCAAAGACGGGUAUUAAGUUCACAUUGGGAUUGAGUAACUAAUUAAAUAUUGUCCUAUUAUAGGUUUAGGAAUUUGAAUCCUUGGACAUGCUUUUCUUUCCAAAUAGUUGGAAAUGAGAACUAUGUGCAAUAUCUAAGAAUAUGAUGAAUAUAUCAACAAUAAGUUUUCUUACAAGAUAUGAUUUGUGAUUCUUGCUUGUUGUUGAAAGAUUUAAAUUUUGUCUCAA